UUUGUGCAGUUGAUUUAUUGUUUUCACAUAAAGACCUACAUGCCAUACAAUGCAACGGCCCUGGAGCUACGUAGUCAACUCUUCUAUUUUUGUUUUCAUUGAAAAACUGCCCUUAUGUCACUGCAGAUGAUGCUGCGGUAGAUCUUUCUGAAGCGAUGACAUCAUCCCUCUGGCCUCGACAGCGGAGCAGAACACACGAAACACACGCCAUUUUGGCUCUAAUCCAAAGUGAAACCUGAUAUCUCCUCCCAACUAUUCUUAGAGCCAAGAUGGCGGACCCAGAACUCCAGUGUCCCGAUUGUUCUUGCUCAUGAAGGAAGUAUGCCGUGAAGCCCUUUAACGAAAGAAAUGCGCCCUCAUUGGUUUCCACUGUGUUUACGGAGAGAGAGCCAAUCAUAUGUGCCCGCUGAUCCAGGUGAUAUCCCUCCUACCAGUAUCUCCGGAGUCGGUUUAUUUUGGUUUACCCCCCGCUCCUGUGUCGCCGCCAUUAGAGCCAGUCAAAUCGGCAACAGAAAUGGGAAUUCCGGUGUUUAAAAACCUGUAGAAGCCGCUUUGAUCCGAAGAUCGCGGUGUUGUGAGGGGUUUCAGAGGAAGGGAGGCGAAAUAACAUGGGUGUUCCGCCGCAGAUCGCGAUAGGUUGUUGGUGCUGAGCCGUGUUUGGACCCGAUCGGAUUGGGUUUCGGUAGGAUAGACCUUCGGGAGAGAAGCGAUCCGUUUGCAGAAGGGCAAACUCGGGAACGGUAGUGUUUGCGAACUGAAGUGUGGAGGGCAAAGACGGGAGAAACUGGAGAUCUGUGAUCGUGACCGAGUGAAAGCAGAAGAACGGAACACAGACGGGAGGGAGGGAGGGGGAGAUCAGUUGUGGUGACCGGCGUGAGCGAGGAUGACAGAUUUUGGCUUGAAGUGGAGCUGUGAGUACUGCACCUACGAGAACUGGCCGUCCGCCAUCAAAUGCACCAUGUGUCGUGCACAAAGACACAACGCUCCCAUCAUCACUGAGGAACCCUAUAAGAGCAGCUCCAGCCUGGACCCCCAGCUCUGUACCACCCAGGGCGGUUCCACCCUGCUCAUCUGCCCCGAAUCAAGCGCCCGGCCCCGGGUACGGAUCGCAGACGAGUUGCCAGAGACCAGCAGCAAAUGGUCCUGCCACAUGUGCACCUACCUAAACUGGCAGCGCGCUAUCCGUUGCAUGCAGUGCCUAAGUCAAAGACAGCAGGGGUCCCAUCAGGGGCCCCUCAGUCCUUUAGAGGCCCCCCAAACUUCGGACUCGUGGCCCAGACCCUCUCUGGUCACCUCUGAUCCCUGCGAGGAGUAUAACGACCGAAAUCGGUUGAACAUGCACGCACAGCGAUGGCCGUGUUCGGCAUGUACGUAUGAGAACUGGCCUAAGAGUCUCAGGUGUGUGGUUUGCGACCACCCUAAACCGAGCAGUACACCUGAGAUGCUCCAGCAAGACUUGGAGGCAGAGAGUGCAAUGUCCCUGUCCAUAGUUAAUGAGCAGGAGCGAGAUAAUGUAAGGACAGCAGGGGGAGGGGGGGUGAGCGGGGGUAUCAGGGGCAGACAGAGUAAACUCUCUCCCCCCACAUGUAAGGGACAAGCGGAGGUGAAGAUUGAACUGGCAUCGGGUGGGGUGGGAAGCGAUAAUGAGCAGGAGGCGGACUUUAAAAAACUAAAACAGAUCCGGAACAGGAUGCGGAGAAGCGACUGGCUCUUCCUGAACGCCUGCGCUGGUGUUGUUGAGGGGGAUCUGGCUGCUGUGGAGGCGUAUAAGUCAUCAGGCGGUGAUAUCGCACGUCAGCUGACCGCAGAUGAGGUGCGGAUCCUAAAUCGCCCAUCUGCAUUUGACGCUGGUUUCACACUGGUGCACCUGGCCAUUCGCUUCCAAAGACAGGACAUGCUCGCCGUGCUGCUCACAGAGGUAUCUCAGCAGACAGCUAAGUGUAUACCAGCUCUGGUGUGUCCUGAGUUAACAGAACAGAUCCGCAGAGAAGUAGCAGCAGCACUUCACAGACGUAAAGGAGAAUUCCCCUGUUACUUCUUCACUGACCUCAUCACCUUCACAUUACCAGCAGAUAUUGAAGACCUUUCCCCAAAUGUUCAAGAAAAAUUGUUUGAUGAGAUCCUGGAUCGAGAUGUACAAAAAGAGUUGGAAGAGGAGUCUCCCAUCAUUAACUGGUCUCUGGAGUUGGGCACACGUCUAGACAGCCGGCUAUACGCUCUGUGGAACCGAACGGCAGGAGAUUGCCUUCUGGACUCUGUGUUACAGGCCACAUGGGGAAUCUACGACAAAGACUCUGUCCUGAGAAAAAGCCUCAAUGAUAGCUUACACGACUGCUCUCACUGGUUCUACACACGUUGGAAAGAGUGGGAAUCUUGGUAUUCCCAGAGUUUUGGUUUGCAUUUCUCUCUUCGGGAGGAACAGUGGCAGGAGGACUGGGCUUUUAUACUGUCAUUAGCUAGUCAGCCGGGUGCGAGUUUAGAGCAGACGCAUGUGUUUGUUUUGGCACACAUUCUUCGCAGGCCCAUCAUAGUGUACGGUGUGAAAUAUUACAAGAGCUUCAGAGGAGAGACGCUGGGAUACACACGCUUUCAGGGUGUAUACCUGCCUCUAUUAUGGGAGCAGAGUUUCUGCUGGAAGAGCCCUAUUGCCCUGGGUUACACACGCGGACACUUUUCCGCCUUGGUUGCCAUGGAGAACGAUGGCUAUGAUAAUCGAGGCGCAGGCGCCAACCUGAACACAGAUGAUGAUGUCACGGUCACUUUCCUGCCAUUGGUUGACAGUGAACGGAAGCUGUUACACAUUCACUUUCUGUCUGCACAAGAGAUGGGGACGGAGGAGCAGCAGGAGCGGAUGUUGAGGCAGUGGAUGGACUGCUGUGUGACAGAGGGUGGGGUUUUAGUGGCCAUGCAGAAGAGUUCAAGGAGGCGGAACCACCCGCUUGUCACUCAGAUGGUUGAAAAGUGGCUGGACGGUUACCGGCAGCUUGCCGCUUGUCCCAAUCUUUCUGACGGAGAGGAGGAAGAGGAAGAUGAGGACGAGUGAUGAAAGUCCACGUCAAAGUUCACUUGACACUACAACAUGCCCCUUUCGUGUUCCCUUACACUGAAACACCUUUAGUCCCAGCCUUACAACAAACCCAAGGUUUCCUUUUGGUUUUUGUCCUUAAUAAUUUGGGUUUGUUGAAAAUAAAGGAAUGCAAUCAUGAUUGUUUUUGUCUUUACAGAGUAUGUUCUUUGCUUUUGUUUGUGAUUUGUUUUUAUUUUGCCGUUGCAAUGCUUGUAGUGAUUUAUAAAAAAGAGGAGGAAGGAUUAGGAAAUUAUGGCAGUGUGCACUGAAAAGAAAAAUAUAUUUAAUAGGUAAAUUGCAGCAAUUUAAGCACUCUUUUUCUAUUCUAUUUGUAAUGGAACAGACGCAAAUGUCUACAUCUGUUUGUAUAGCUUUACUCUGGACCAGGGGUAGCCAACCCUGCUCCUGGAGAGCUACAUUCCUGAUCCAACACUUAUCAAACACACCUGAACCAGCUAAUCAAGGUCUUCAGGAUUACUUGAAAAUUACAGGCAGGUUUGUUGGAGCUGAUCUCUGCAGGAAGGUAGUUCUCCAGGUGCAGAGUUGGCUACCCCUGCUCUAGACUGAGAUUGCUUAAACAUAAUUCACUACACACGUUAAAAAACAUGCAUUCACAAUACUAUCUAUGAAUCACACUAAAACUACGACUGUCAUGUUUUCUGUUCUAAAUAAAGCUCUGUUGGUUGACUAUUUUCACCCAGUCAUUACAAAGAGAAAACAAAUUAAUGUCUAAUUCAGUUUCUAACACUUUUUCUGUAUUUAUAUUGAUUCAUAGUUUGUGAGCCAUAGAAAGUAAUGCUUUCCCAUAUUUGAACUGCAUUGCAAAUGUGAAUGCUGCAAAGAAAAUGGGGCAUGUGACAGAGUGUGUCCGUUGGGCACCUUGUUGAACAUGGGUAAAAUUUCAAGCUCUUUUAAAGGGUACAUUAUUUCAACUGUUCUUUGUAUGUGGUCCAUUUCACUCUUUCAGUUCUGUAUUGCUGUAUGUGUUGUUUGUCAUCUGUGAUAUGUCUGCCCACAAUUUUUCAG